AUGUCUGAAACCUCCCUGUCUGCGAACGUCUUGCUCUCCCUUCCAGAGGCUACUCUCCGGACACAAUCCACACCCACCACAGGGACCGUCUAUCUUCAAUACAUCAACGUCGCCCCGCCAUCUGGGUCUGCAUCCGCCACAUCCGGGCGCUCCGUCUACCUCGUUGUGCGCCUCAACGCCAUCGAGUUCCCGAUCGAUCCCAGCCGCCCCGUCGCGCGGCACAUCACACCCGAUGGUACGCACGUCUACACCUUCGUCCUCGAUGGGCAGGCCGCGCGGACCCUCGACCUCAAAGGGGAGUCUGUCCCCGUGUCGCUCUCGCUCAGAGGCCUGCCCGACCCCGCGCGCAUAGAUGCGAUCGAGACUUUCGACCAGAUCCUCGGACAGUAUGCUGGAUGGGAAGGCGCGAGCGGCGGCGUGCAGCAGUCGGCGGGGGUUAACCUGCACGAGGGCGGUGGCAAUCCGGAGACCCUACGCGGGCGGCUCGUGCUCAUGGACGAGGCGACGGGAGAGAUGGUCGGCGAGGUUCCCCAUCAGCUGCCUAUCCACGAAGACCCUGCGCUGGUACGCGUAGAUGAAGUGGAGGGUGCUAAGGGCACAGCGCAUACCGCGCCAGUCGUUCUCGAGCUCCCUCCGAAUGUGUACGACGCAUAUACGGGUCAGGGAACUGCAGAGGGUGCUGCUGCAUCGGAGCUAUCUGAGGCGCAGGAGAUCUUCGUCCGCGCGAUUCCGCCUGAUCAGCAAGACUGGAUGACGAAGUCUGCCUCGUUGAUAAGUCGGGGUAUAGACUCUUCAACAUCGCUGCUCGUCAAAGGGAUGUCUUCUGCCUCGCAGAGUUACAUCAAGCGUGCUGCUCCCCAUUCACCGAGUCAGACGGACGGCAAAGCGUCUGGGGCGAGCGGGCCUCCCUCACGUAUGGCGACCGUCCUCACGCAUCCUACCACGCACACCGCGCUGGGGUACGCGCAUACAGCCACCGGGCAUGCCGCCCGCGUCAGUUCCAAGACAGUCGAGCUCGUGGAGGGCAUGAUCCGGCGCGCAGUCAGUGGGCGGCAGCCAAGUGGGUCUUCGGCAGUGCAACAACACACGCCCUCAUCACCUACGCCGGUGGCCAGCCCAGGGAGCUUGUUGGUGCCACCAGCAUAUAACGCUUACGCUCCGCCUCAGCCUCCAUCCGAGAAGCCUCCGCUCCCUCCUCGCCGCGACGGAUCGAAGUCACCCGCUCCGCCUCUCCCUCUUCGACCCGACGGAUCAAAGUCUCCUGUACCCUCCCCUAAACCAGCCCUCACAGGCGCAGACUCCAAUGCUCCCCGCCUACCUCUCCGCACGCGCGACCGCCUCGCGCUCUCCGCGAACCUCGUGCUCGCGUCCGUCGACGAGUCUACUACGCGCCUCCUGGACGCGGGCACCGCGCAGCUCGGCGCGGUCGUCGGGCACAAGUACGGGCCGGAUGCGGCGCGCUCGACGGGGCUGGCCGCGGGCACGGCGCGGAACGUCGUGCUCGUGUAUGUGGAUGUGCGCGGGUUUGCGCGCCGGGCGUUGAUCAAGAAGGCGGGGAAGGAGUUCGUGAAGGGAAGGGUGGCGGCGAGGCGGGGGUAG